GGUGGGAUCGUUCCUCUGCCCUCCCCGGGGCAGGGCUCGGCGGGGCCCGCUCCCCCGGCGCGGCGCGGGGUGGGCGCAGUGCGGCGGCGAUGCUGGGCGUGCGGCUGCGGCUCCUGGCCUGCUGCCUGCUGCUCGGCGGGGCGCGGGAUGCCGCCGCCCUCCGCCGGGACGAGGUGCCCUCCCUUCGGAACAAAGGGAUAUUUAUUAUCCAAAGUGAAGACACCGACUUGUGCGUUAAAGCAGAUGCAGUUGGCCUUGUUCUGGAAGACUGCGGUCGACUCUCAAAAGACAUGUUAUGGAAAUGGGUGUCCAAUCGCCGUCUUUUCAACAUAGGCAGAAGUACCUGUCUAGGACUGAAUGUCAGUAGACCAGAACAGCCGUUAAGUAUGCUUGAAUGUGAUUCAACUCAAUACUCGUUAUGGUGGAAUUGUGAUGGAGGAGCGUUAGUUGGUGUAUCAGAGUACAAAUUGUCCGUUGAAAACAGCAAACGUAUUGUGGCCAAAAAAAAAUCGACUUCUCAGUGGAAACAGUACAUGUCCUAUGAUGAAGACCUUUGUGAACUACCAUUUCAAGAAACGUACACCUUGCUGGGAAAUUCUUUUGGUUUCCCAUGCAUUUUUCCAUUUAAAUAUAACAACAAGUGGUAUUAUGAGUGUACCAGAGAUGGGAAAGAGUUUGACUGGUGUGCCACAACAACUCACUAUGAACAGGAUGAAAAAUGGGGGUUUUGCCCAAAUGCUGAGAGCGGCUGCGGCACUUUUUGGCAGAAGAACCCAAACACGCACCUUUGCUACCAGUUCAACCUGGCGUCUGUGCUGAGCUGGCGCGAGGCACGGGCCGCCUGUCAGCUGCAAGGAGGGGACCUGCUGAGCGUCGCCGACCCCGAAGAGCAGGACUACAUAAGUAACUUAAGCAGGCAGUUAAAUGCCACAGACGUGAUGCUGUGGACGGGCCUGAAUCGCCUGGAGGAAGAUGCUGGCUGGCAGUGGUCAGAUGGAGCAGCGCUGGCCUUUGUGAACUGGAGAGCAAAUGUCUCUGAUAACCGUUUUAGAGAAAAUAAUUGUGCAGUGAUUAAUUCAAAAUUGAAGUACGGCUGGCAAAGUUAUUUAUGUGACUCUGGAUUGCCUUUUGUAUGCAAAAAAUAUUUAAAUAAGACAGAGCAUGAAACAUUGGAUACAUGGAAGUAUUAUGCCACUCGUUGUGACCCUGGCUGGUACCCACACAAUCGCAACUGCUACAGACUUCAUAAAGAGGAGAAGAGCUGGAACGAUGCUUUCAUCUCAUGCCAAAGUGACAGUAGCGGGCUCAUUAGUAUAUCCUCCAUGGCAGAUGCAGAGCUGCUCCUUAACUUGCUUGAAAGUGAAAAUGUAACUGAAACAUGGAUUGGGUUAUACAGCAAUAACACGGCGGUUGUUUUUGAGUGGUCAGAUGGCACCCCAGUAAAAUUCUCUAACUGGCACAGCCAAGAACCUGACGCCUUUCAAAGAACAGGCCAACUCUGUGUUUCAGCACAAGGAUCUGAGGGACGUUGGAAAGUUAAAAAAUGUGAAGACAGAUCUUUCUACAUUUGCAAAAAAGUAGGGGAAUUUAAUCAUGUAUCUCCUGAGCUGGAAUCAAGUUGCCCAGAGGGAUGGGAAAGACAUGGUGGAUAUUGUUACAAAAUCGACAGUACCCCUCGAAGUUUUGAACAUGCUUCCAGUGGUUAUUUCUGCCCAUCUGCACUUGUAUCAGUAACAAACAGGUUUGAACAAGCUUUUAUCAACAGCAUGGUCCGUGGCGUGGUAAAAUCUGAGCGAACUUAUUUUUGGAUAGGAUUGCAAGACCUUAACAACACAGGAGAAUACUUUUGGCUAAGUGCAGCGGGGAAGAAUCUCUCUGUCAGCUACACAAACUGGAACCGGUACCAGCCACGUCAUGCUGGAGGCUGCGUGGCUAUGCGAGGGCAGCACCCCGUUGGUUACUGGGAGGUGAAAAGCUGUAAGAACUUCAAAGCAAUGUCAUUGUGCAAGCAAAAAAUCAAUUCUUAUGAAGAACCUGAACUUACUUUUCAAAAACAUUUGAGUUCCUGCUAUUUUGGAUGGGAGUCGGAAGCUAAUCUACACAACUGCUACAAGAUAUUUCACAAUGAGAAAGUUCUGAUGAGAAGAACAUGGGAGGAAGCAGAAGCGUUAUGCCAAGAUUUUGGAGCACAUCUUGCUAGUUUUAGCCAUAUCUACGAAGAGACAUUUUUAAACAAUUUAUUAUAUACAAUUUUUGAUAGAACAGAAGAAAGGCAGUUCUGGAUUGGAUUUAAUAAAAGAAACCCGCUUUCAGGAGGGACGUGGCAGUGGUCUGACAGAACACCUGUUCUGUCUUCAUUUUUGGAAAGCAAGUAUGUUGAAGAUGACUCAAGAAACUGUGGUGCGUUCAAAGUAAACAGAACGGUCUUUCCAGCACACUGCAGUGAAAAGCGUGAAUGGAUAUGCAAAAUACCAAAAGGUGUUAAACCAAAGAAUCCGGAUUGGUACAUAGCUGAGCUGCCGUGGUUGUAUUAUCAAGGAGCAGAAUAUCUUUUCCAUGUCAGUCCUACAGACUGGGAAACCUAUGAGUUUGUCUGUGGCUGGCUUCGUAGUGGAAUGGCAACAAUAAAUUCUUCUGCUGAGCAAGCCUUUAUUCAAAAUAAAAUUAAGAAGCUAUCAAAUAGUGACGUUCACUGGUGGAUUGGAUUGCACGCAGAAAACCUCAGCAAUGAAUUUCGCUGGAGAGAUGAAUCACCAGUAACAUACCAGAACUGGAAUGAAGGGAGGGAGAGAGAUCCGCAGAAACCGGGGAAAAGAUGCGGCUUCAUUUCAUCACAAACAGGACUCUGGGGUGAUGAAAACUGUACUGUCUCUCUUCCCUGUAUUUGUAAGCGUAAAUUUGCAUGGAAAAUAGAGAAAGAGACUCCAAAAGAUCAAAACCAACAAGGAAUGUGUCCCAAAGGCUGGCUGCACUUUGGAUUCAAGUGUUUUUUGAUACAAAUUCCGAAGGAUCCAGAGCAUCUGAGAAACUGGUACUCUGCACAAGAGUUCUGCAGUAGCUAUGAAGGGUCACUCGCGUCCCUUGAAGAUGAACUGGAACAAGCUUUCAUAACUAUGAACCUAUUUGGACGGAAAACUAAUGUUUGGAUAGGUUUCCAGAGUGACGAUUAUGAAAAAUGGGUGAAUGAAAACCCUCCAACGUAUUCCAACUGGUCGCCAGUUGAAGUAGUGGAUAGACAGCGUUAUAACAGUGCAAACGCUCAAGAACAACUUCCACUAUGUACAUUGGUAUCAAAUAACCCUAAUUUUUAUUUUACGGGAAAAUGGUACUUGGAAAACUGUCAGAAAAAUUAUGGGUUUGUCUGCCAAAAGACACAGGACACAUCCAGACAUGUCAUCAAUGCAUCUGAAAUGUACCCUGUCCCAGAUACUUUAGAAUAUGGAAACAGAACGUAUAAACUAAUACGUGGGAAUUUUACGUGGUCUUCAGCUUUAAAAACCUGCAUGGCAAAUGGCGCGGAGUUGGUCAGCAUUGCAGACCAGUACCACCAGGCUUUCCUCACCGUCAUCGUGAAUCGGCUGGGAUUCAACCACUGGAUCGGGCUCUUCACUUCGGAUAACGGGCUUCACUUUGAAUGGUCGGAUGGGACUAGGUCUUUGUUUACCUUCUGGGAAGACGACGAGUCCCAGGCCUUUGGCAGCUGCGUUUACAUUGAUACUUCGGGGCACUGGAGAAGUGCUAACUGUGAGCGACUUCUGCAAGGAGCAGUUUGCCAUGUGCCACCAAAAAAGAAACUCCCUGCCCAUAAAGGCUUAUGUUCAGAAAAAACUGUUCCCUGGAUCAAAUUCAAAACCAGUUGCUACAGCUUUUCCACGGUUCUGCAGGGCACAAGUUUUGAUACUGCAUCUGAAGUCUGCAGAAAUCAAGGAUCACAUCUUCUAACUAUUGAAGAUGAAGACGAAAAUGCCUUCAUUUUGGAAGAAUUGCACAGUUUUGGUUAUUCUGUGCAAAUGGUUUGGUUGAACGUGCUGAUUGUUACAGACAAUGAGACAGUCUCCUGGUUUGAUGGUUCUCCCUUAAAUUAUUCUAACUGGGGCAUCAGGGAGCCUGAAUUUGACCAUCUCAAAGGGAAUUUCUGUAUCAGCCUGAGGACCACAGAUGGAGUCUGGCAAUUAUCUCCAUGCAGAGAAAAAAAGGGAUUUGUAUGUAAAAUGGAUGCAGUUCUGGAUUCUAUUUCAGAUAUUGAUGCAACAGAACCCUCUGAAAAAGCAUCAUACCGUGGGCUCGUAGCUCUGUCUGUUCUCGUGACGUUGGUGAUGCUGGCUGCCAUUUCCCUUUUCCUGUGGUGCCUGUACAAACAGAAUAACCGAUUCUUCCGCAGGAUACUGUGGGUCAGAAACGCCUAUUUGCCACAGAUUAACGCUGACGUUCCUGCUUUGGAAGAAAGCAUCCUCAUUUCUGAUUUUGAGAGAAGCGAUGGCAAUUAAUCCAUCAGAGGUAGCAAGCGGUCACGUCUUCUGUGUGAAACUCCAUGAUCUACAGUAGUUUUCUCCUCCCUGGGAGUCCCUCCGGGUACCCGUAUCCAGAGAAACCCUCGCAGCCGUCGGUAUGAACACUGUAGGGGCUCCCUACCUUGGAGAGCUUUUGCUUUGUGGCAGGAUGAGAUGAAGGUAUAAGGCAGAGCCACGGAGAAAUUGGCUCCUUUGGGACAAGCGGGGAACUGAAAAUACUCCCACACCAUAAACCUCCAGCCGCUCACGUGGAACAGUCGUGUCUGAGGCCCCAGAGCAGCAGGCAAUUUUCAUACAACUUUUUCCUACGGGAACGUUUGGGCUUUUGUGAUUCGUUUUUUACACAUUGCAGAAUCUGUUCAUGAGCCAUCGCUAAAAUUUGGCCUUGAAUUUCAGAACUCUGAAACAUAUUCCAAAGAUAAUGGGGUAGAUUAUUAUUAUUUUUUUCUUAAUAGCCAUGCCUUCUGCAAAAUGAACAGGUUUUUUUUCAGAGAGUGGAUUCUUGCCAGGUGGAUUUCCAAGCUUGCAGAGAGGUGAAGUCAUUUUUUACUUGGGGGUGCCAGAGUUUUGGUAGUUUGGCCCAUGAUGCCUAGUUCACGUCAUAAAAUAAAUUAGUCUAGAGCUAUAAUGGCAUAUGGGCUUUGUCAUCCUGAAGUUAACAUAUUCAUUUGAAGUGUGUCCAGCGUCCUGUUAAAGAUUUAACUAUGUGAUCUCUCACCUAGGUUAUUUCAGAAAUGGAAUCCCAUCCCUCUUUUAAAGACAUUUUUGGGCAAUAUCUGUUUGAAGAAAAAAAAAAAAAACCAACCCUGUUACAAAUCUUGCUGAAGUUAUGGUAAUAAAUUGCUUUACUGUUCACCUACAGUAUUUCCGCAAGCAGUAUUUGUGUACGCUCUUCUGAGACGCUACUCUCAACAGCUGAGGACGAUACGUGGGGGAGCCACAGUGCUGCUCCCAAAGGGUGCUAUAGUCCUAUGCCCCCAUGUAGCAGACCCUCAGAAGGACAAUUUUCGCUUUCAGUGUUCGUACUAAGGUGCUAACGAAGGAGAUGAAUUUCACAGACCAGUUGGUCUGCAGCCUGAUGGUUGUGAAGGACCCAGCUCAGGUCUCUCCACUACCUCAGUUGCAGUGGCCCAGGACAGCAACACUUGCUCUCCGGGGGACUCCUGCCACCCGCCUCUCUCAAAAUACCUGGAAGGUUUUCAGGGACUUUAUUUUUUUGUUUUUAUUGCAGUGUGGAAAAACAAAUGGUUAGUCAUGAAAAGUUACUUCAGAAGGGCUUUACUGUGCCUUCAGUCAUCUCUAAAAGCCGGCGCGAAGAGCUGCAUUUAUUGUUGGGUUUGUUGGUUUGUUUGUUUUAAGAUGACUCAUUCUAACAAUUUCGCAAGAGCCCUAAGAUGGAGGUACGUUCCUCAGAAUUAAGCAAGCAGCUAAGGCCAACUGAAAUGUUUUUAUACAGUGUUUGUGCACAUGCACAGGAAUGUAUGACUGCCUUUUAGUUAGAUUUCACAUGGCCAAUUCUAGCAACAAAAAUCGCUUGUUCAUGUCCUAAUUAUGUAUAGGGCUAUUUUUAAAAAUUAUUUAGUACAUAGACUAUUUCAGUGCUUGUUUACAGAACUGUUCAAAAAUGUUGUCAAAGAAGCUGCAGGCGGUUUUGAUCCCAAUAUCAUUUUCAACUUACUGUUUUCGCUAAAUUCUGUGGGUGUACCUAUCACAAGUUCUUAAUCUGAGAUUUUUCCAUCAUCUAAAAUCUAAAUAGCUUUUCUGGGUAUAUUUUAUCUAGUGGUUUGAUCCCAUACAUUACUCGUCAGUAAUGUUUUAAAAGUUUGGGGUCAGCCCUCUAGAUUUAUCUGUGGGACUGAUUUUAUGUGAAGUCCACUAUCAGAGUUUGUGGACUGCAACUUUUGAGUACGAUUGCCAGAUAAUCUCCUGCUUAUAAUGUGUGAACUGCAAUAGCUUCUUUACCACCAAAAGAAAAGAAGAAAAAAGGUUGGGACCAUCUCUCCCUUUCCCAUGAAAAUUUCAACUAUUUGAACUACAGUUGGAGGAACCUAAACCAACAAAUCCCUUCUAUCACAUUCACUGACAAGUGUGUAAAUGCCGCUUUCUUACGGCACAGCAAGCAGAGUGGCUCGCAGGAUGGUUUUUUUUGUGAAACUAAGCUCAGUCGCCUCUGAGGACGUGUAUUUAUCAGGCUACAGUGCUGUUACUAGUUACGCAGACUCCGGUCUGAUUUUUCAUGUGGUUAAUGAAGGUGUAUAUUUUUUCACAAAACUUGACAUAGGCGUUUUAUCAGUUUUCCUUGAGGUAUCAUUUAAAUAUAUUUGAAGGGCAGCGCUGUAAGAAAUAACCCUAACCUCAAAACAGGGAUCGUUGAUUAACAUCGACUCUGAUGUAGAUGAUCUUGCAUUAAGGGAAAAAUAGUUCAAGCAGUGUUUUCUUCCUACUUUGAAAUGGUUUUGAGGGAACAGACCCUUAAAUAUUUAUUUUUAAAUCUGUCAUCAUUUAACUUUUGUAAUGGAAGGUAUUAUUCACUCAAGAAUAUAAUCACUGAUUGCUUUCUAGUCUUCGCUCUGGAUUUUUUUACCCAUGGCUUUCAUUUGUUUUCCCUUAAUCAGAGGUCUUCUGUACUGUUCCUGAUCAGGGUAUGUGGUGACUAUGUUUUUACUGCUGACUUUGAUGAUAUUGGCAGUGAGGUUCACUGUGUUAUUUCAACUGGAAAAUUAAAGCGUGAAUAAUUAUUUUCUGUGCUGUAACUUUUCUUGAAUCUUUCCCCAUCUGUAAUUAGCUGCCAGGCUUCAGUGUCUCAUUACAGCGGUCCCCAGGCUUUGCACCGAGUCAUCCUGUGUAGGAGAGGGAGAGCUUGCACCAGCCUCCUCUCUGGCUGCAUGGCUGGACCUAGACCUGGGCACUGCAGAUGGUCUCCGCACACAUGGUGGCCCCAGUGUUUCCCAGGGCACGAAUGAGGAUGCCCCGGGACAUGUGUGCAGGAGGUGGUGGGAGGAGGAAGGAGCCACAGCACCAUCAGUAAGGACGAUGGAUGGGAGCAUGGUGCUGAUGCACAGAUAUUCUCCCAGUCUGCAGCCAGUUCCCUGCAGCCCUGGGAGCUGGGGCCACCAGGGAUGAGUGAUGGCCUGCAGGAAUUUUCCUGCUGGACUGCGGAGGCCGUGUUGUGUGGGAGCCCAUUCAUUUCUGCCACAGACAGGGUGGAGAUACAUGGACUGCAGCUCAGUAGCUUCCAUGGCUAGCACCCAAGUGCUUCCCAUGUCCAAGAACUGGGUUCAUCAGAGACUGAACAGGCAAAUGAAUGUUGCAUUUUCCUCUGCCAUGCCAGCUUCUUUGAAUGCGUUUGCUGAAAGGGAAGUGUUAGGUGAUUUCAUGCCACUCCCUUGCUUGAGGGAUGGAAGGGUAUCCCCACCACAGAGAGAUACACUCAGGCCAACGUAUGGUAAACUUUGUCUACUGGAUAUUAGUGUUUGGGAAAAAAUCCAUGUGCUUAUUUUUGCAAACCCCAUUCCAGGAGAAAAUUUACCUCCAGGUCCCUUUAGCAGGCCUUGCAGCAUGGCUCUGAGGUAAAGACAUGCCUGACGUAGCGGUCACAUCCCAGCUGGACAGGAGGCUGCAAUGGGAACAGACGUGUGCUGGAGAUGUCCAGCAUGACCAGGCAGAGUGAAGGGCUGUGGCACAAGGCUGGAAGUGGGCAACAUAACUCCUAAGCAAAGGCCUUUCCAGCUGUGGGGCUGCUUGAAAUCCAUGCAGUACACUCUGGAGGGAGUGUGGGGAAAAGGAAGUUUUUUGCACGCUCUGUGAGACUUGACCCACUCUGGUUCUCAGGGCACCGUUGCACAAAUUCCCGUUUAAUUUAACCCCCUACUUUUUCCGUUCAUCAUGUUGCCCCUCCCUCAGUGUAGUAACAGGCAUCCUCAGUCUCUUGUAAUAAUAAACCCACUGUAAUGAAAUCCGUGGCAUACCCUUCCUCUAGGGCAUUUAUACAUAAGCAGAAUUUUUUGGUUAAAAGCUAAAUUGCCCACAUUCAGCAACUGGGCUCUAAAUCCUCAGCUCAAAAAAAAAAAAAAAAAAAAAGGAGGCCUCUUCUUGAGCUAUAAUAAUAUUUCCUUUGGUAAUCAGUGGAAUGUUGAUUUAUAACCCCUGCAAGCCAGCGCUGAUCUCUUACAAUCUGAUGCAGCCCUCCUGCGUAAGUAACCGUCAGGAGUAAAUUCACAGACGUUACGCUGUUCUGGGAUGGUAUGAAUUCAGGUUGAUCUUGGUGCUUGGAAACACAGUCAGUCUCGGUUUAGCCAGUAGAUGGUAGUGGUAGACACAAAACUGACAAAAUGAGCUGUGCAAGAGAAAAAAAAUCAGAGGGAUCUGCUCCGGAUCCUUUAGAAGUUUAAUUAAAUGAGCAGCAAAACUCUCAAGUCGCAGAACUGCGAAUAUCAGCGUCAGGUUUUAGCCGUGUCUGCAACAUCACAAAGCUGUGUUAAGAAGGCUUUCCAAGUCUCAGUGUUCAUUCUCAACAACUUUAAUGGGAUGCAUUCAAAUGUACGGAAUGGGAUAAUGCAAGUCCUUACGUUCGUCUGUGGGUUUUUCUUUUGUUUGGUGAGU